AUGCCGCCCAAGAAGAAGGGGAACAAAAAGGCAGCCGAUGAUUGGGAGGCAGAAUUGGGCGAGUCUAUCGCACCUACGAACGGCAAUGCCUCCGCACCACCUGAUGAGACAGAGAACAAGGACGAGGAUGACGCCCCCGUCGGCGGUCUCAUGGCCAUGAUGAAAAAGAAUCGCGAAAAGCGGAAGAAGAAAGGCCUGUCGGAGGACUUCGUCGACCCAGAUGCUUCUGCCCCUGCUCCAGCGCCCGAGCCUGAGAUUGCAGUCAAGCCUCCCCAGGAAGCCUCCGUAGAGGAUGAAUUCCCAUUGCCAGAGAAGAAGGGCAAGGGCGGAAAGCAGGCCAAGCCGCAGCAACCGCCGGCCAAGGCAGCCAGCGCCGCCGCAGGGGAUGCCGGCGACGAUGAGACUGGCGAAGGCGGAAGAAUACUAACAAAAGCCGAGAAGGAGAAGUUAAAAAAAGAGAGAGAGAAGCAGAGGAAGAAAGAACAGGCCGCGAAGAAGAAGACUACGACGCCAGCUCCCGCUCCUCCGAAGGCUGCCGAGGCUGCAAAGCCAGCUGCGGAGGAGAAGAAAGAUAUUCCCGUUCCCGAACCCGCGGCCGAGGCUAGUGGUAAGAAGGGGAAGAAACUACCUGCACAUCUACAAGCCAUUCAAAAACAACAAGAGGCUUUGCGGCAGCAGCGAGAAGAGGCCGAACGUCUCGCCGCCGAAGAGAAGGCACAGAUCGAAGCAUUAGAGCGGGAAGAGGCCGAGGCCAACAAACGGAGAGAAGAGGAGAAGGCUCGCAAGAAGCAGAAGGAAAAGGAAAAAAUCGAGCAGCUUAAGAAAGAGGGCAAAUUCCUGACCAAGGCGCAAAGGGAAGAGAAAGCCCGGAACGAGAGGAAAUUACAGCAGAUGAUCAAUGCCGGCAUCAAGGUUGGCCCUUCCGAGGAAGCUGCCGAGGAGAAGAAGAAGGUUGCCUACGACAACAAGAAGCGCAGCAAGAAGAUUCAACAAAAGGUCGAUGAGGAGAAAACUUUAGCCGAAGCCGCCGAGCGCGCGAGAUUGCAAGCUGAGGCUGCAGCGAAGGAAGCUGAAGAAAACGCUGCCAGGGAAGCCGCCGCGGCCGAGGAAGCGGCUCGGGCGGCCGCGGCGGCGCGGGCGGACAGUGAUAUCGAAGAUGAUUGGGAGGCCGCCGCUGCCGCGGCCGAGGGCGACGUGAGAGAUAGCUGGGACGCCGACUCGGAGGAGGAAGCCGAGGCGUCGGCGAAGCCUGCCACGAAUGGGAAGGCUUCGCAGCCUGACUCGGCGAAAGCCCAAUCCCAGCCUAAGCCAGGCGAAUCCGAAUCCGAAGAUGAAUCCUCGGAAGACGAAGCGCAAACUGCCGCGCAGGCUGCGGAAGCUCAACGGAAGAAGGAGGCGGCCGAACGACGAGAGAAGGCCCAUCAGGCCGCCCUUGCUGCGCGGUCAAAGGACAACCUCCGGUCGCCAAUCUGCUGUAUCCUGGGACACGUCGAUACUGGCAAGACAAAGCUAUUGGACAAGAUCCGACAGACCAACGUGCAGGAGGGCGAAGCCGGCGGUAUCACCCAACAGAUCGGCGCGACGUACUUCCCCGUCGACGCCAUCAAACAGAAGACGGCUGUCGUCAAUGCGGAUGGGGCCUUCGAGUUCAAGGUUCCGGGUCUCCUGAUCAUCGACACCCCAGGUCACGAGUCCUUCUCGAACUUGCGAUCAAGAGGAUCGUCGCUUUGUAACAUCGCCAUUCUCGUCGUCGAUAUAAUGCACGGCCUCGAGCCCCAGACCCUCGAAUCCAUGAAGCUACUUCGGGAUCGCAAGACGCCCUUUAUUGUCGCUCUCAACAAGAUAGACCGUCUCUACGGCUGGAAGAAGGUUGAUAAUAACGGCUUCCAAGAGAGCUUGGCUCUCCAGAGUAAGGGUGUGCAGAACGAGUUCAAGAACCGGUUAGAAUCGACGAAGCUGGCGUUCGCCGAGCAGGGCUUCAACGCCGAACUCUAUUACGAAAACAAGUCGAUGGCUAGAAAUGUGUCGUUGGUACCCACCUCGGCUCACACAGGCGAAGGUAUUCCCGACAUGCUGAAGCUCAUCCUCCAGCUGACCCAGGAGAGGAUGGUGGGCUCCCUGAUGUAUCUAUCUGAGGUCCAGGCCACCGUUCUAGAAGUCAAGGCGAUCGAAGGCUUUGGUAUGACCAUCGACGUCAUCCUAUCCAACGGUAUCCUCCGAGAGGGUGACCGGAUAGUGGUCUGCGGUGUAGAGGGGGCGAUCACGACGAAUAUCCGCGCCCUCCUCACACCCGCCACCAUGAAGGAGCUGCGUGUCAAAUCCCAAUACGUACACAACAAGGAAGUCAAGGCCGCGGUCGGUGUCAAGAUUAGCGCACCCGGUCUCGAGGGAGCCAUUGCCGGGUCCCGACUGCUCGUGGUUGGGCCGGAUGACGACGAAGAGGACCUCGAGGAAGAGAUCGAGUCCGAUCUUAACAAGCUAUUCAGCCGUGUCGCCACGACUGGGCGUGGUGUCAGCGUGCAAGCCUCGACCCUGGGUUCUCUCGAGGCCCUGCUCGAUUUCCUGAAGGAUUGCAAGAUUCCGGUGGCCAACGUCGGAAUCGGCCCCGUGUUCAAGCGAGAUGUCAUCCAAUGCGCGACGAUGCUUGAGAAGAACCCCGACCAUGCUGUCAUGCUCUGCUUUGACGUUAAGAUUGAUAAAGAGGCUCAGGCGUACGCAGACGAUCAAGGCAUCAAGAUCUUUACUGCCGAUAUCAUCUACCACCUUUUCGACGCCUUCACGAAGCACAUGGAGGAACAGCUCGAAAAGAAGAGGGAAGAGUCGAAGCUAUUGGCUGUCUUCCCUUGUGUGCUGAACCCGGUGGCCGUCUUCAACAAGACGAGUCCCAUCGUCGUAGGCGUGGACGUUGUGGACGGUAGCCUCAAGAUCAACACCCCGAUUGCCGCCGUCAAGCAAAAUCCAACGACGGGCGCCAAGGAGAUCAUCAGUCUGGGGAGAGUGACCUCGAUCGAGAGAGAUCAUAAGCAGAUUCCAGUUUGCAAGAAGGGUCAGCCCUCGGUGGCGGUAAAGAUCGAGAUGGGAGGCCAUCAGCCCACCUAUGGGCGGCAGCUCGAGGAAAAAGAUAUGCUCUACAGCCUGAUUUCCCGCGCCAGCAUCGACACGCUGAAGGAAUUCUACCGGAAAGACGUGUCGACAGAGGAGUGGCAGCUCAUUAUCAAGCUCAAGCCAUUGUUUGACAUCAAUUAG